AUGGGGGAUCAUAAUCCUACUGAGCCACAGUUCGCUCCAGAAACUCCGGGCAGGCCUUCAAUUAGAAACCCAUUUGAGAGCCCCAAUGACCACCACCAUCUGCGGGAACCCCUGGUUCCGAGUCCUUCUGUCUUCAAAUCAAAGCCUUGCAAGACUACUCCUCCUGAGUUUAACUGGUCCAUUGAUGAAAUGGCCAGUCUUUUACCAGUACACAUAGACCCUGAGGAAAUCCAGCGACAAUCUUUUUAUCUCAGCCAGACAAAGAGGGAUUCUGACGUUGAAGAAAAAUGUCAAAAUGCCAUUGAGCAGUUUUUCACCAAAGGAGCCAUUGUGCCUUCCCCCUGGGCUGCACCAGAAAGCCGUAGAGUCCCUCACCCAUACAAAAAAAGCCCGAUGUCUGCAAUAAUUUCAGAGGAGACUGAAAAAAAUUCAGUUGCUUGCCAGGCGGUCCUUUCGCUACCUUUGGCUUUUGAUUUAGAAAAAUUACUAGGAGAACAUUACAGAUGUGAGGAGCCAUGUGAUGCAGUGCAGGAGAGCUUAAGUUCCUCCUCCCUGAGACGAAAACUCUUUAUUGAUGGUCAGUUCAGUUACAGCGGCUCCGAUAGCUCCAACCCACCGAGCCCAGAAAGAACUAAUGCUGGGCUGAAAAGACCGUCUCCACACAGAGCUGGAACAAGAGCUGAACAUCCUGAAGGGGAAGCUCCAUUUACCUCUCCUUUGUCCUGUGGCUUGUCAGUCCCAACACCCUCUACGGGUCAGUUUUCAUCCAGUCCUAUCCAGCAAGGACGCAUCAGAGACUGCAGCCUCGGCAGCAUCAGCAGUCCUCCGGUUCCUGAUAGGUCAUCUCCAGCAGGCCACAUCUCUCCGACUAUUUCUCCAAUUUUUCCCCAUUUGGCGCACACUCCCAUUGGCACAGGUGAAUGGAAACCCAUUUUGAACCCACAUGGAACUUCGCUGGAUAUAGAUGUUGCUCCCUCUAAUGCGAGUCCAUUUGUUGAAGGUUGUUCUCCCAUUCGUAGCUGCUCCCCACACCAGUUCCACAACCAAAACGAGCCCCAGCACAUCUCAAGACCCAAGCACAGACCUCGGGUUUGCGGCUGGGCUUCCCCUCCCCUCAUCUCGCCAAUCCUUAACCCAAAGCUGCAAGACAAUCAGGAGGGUAAAGAGCACCCUCCUUCCACUUCAUGGUCUCACCCUUAUAUGGAAUUGGCUCCAACAUCGCCUCAGACCCAUCCUGUUGCCAAAGAGAUCCUUCAUCUGGAUUCUAUUGGAGCUGUGAAAAUGGAGAUGGGGAUAGAAAAACGGCUGGAUGAAGGCGGGGAGCCUUCAGAACAGCUGACCAGCUCUCGUAUGGUAAAUGUGUCGGCGAUAGAAGGCUCUCAAAUGAUUGUCUCUCUUCUGGCAGAAGGAAGUAGCAUCCGCUAUGAUUCCAGCAUGCAGGUGGAUAGUGGUUAUAACACUACCUCAGCUGGCACCGCUAGCCUGAUUGAUGGCCACAGCUCAGACUGUCAGACCAAAGAGUUUCUCAGUUCCAACCAGGUGGAAUUCACUCGACACAGUAAAGUUAAAAUGUUUUAUCCUCACCAUGGAGUGUCCUGA